AGAGCUGGAAGGAGGAGGAGCACUUCCUCAACCAUGAGCUCCAGUCAGCCGGGGACCUGCCCAUGUCAGGGUGCUGCAGGCCGCCCAGCCAUUCUGUAUGCACUCCUGAGCCCCAGCCUUAGGGCCAGGCCCUCUGUGCCCCCCUCCAGGAGCCACUGCCUGUGCAGGCAGCACCGGCCUGUCCGGCUAUGUGCUCCCCAUCGCACCUGCCGGGAGGCCUUGGACGUUCUGGCGAAGACUGUGGUCUUCCUCAGGAACCUGCCAUCUUUCUGCCAGCUGCCUCCCCAGGAUCAGCGGCAGCUGCUGCGAGGCUGCUGGGGCCCCCUCUUCCUGAUUGGGCUGGCCCAAGACACUGUGACCUUUGAGGUGGCGGAGGCCCCGGUUCCCAGCAUACUCAAGAAGAUCUUGCUGGAGGAGCCCAGCAGCGGUGCAGGCAGUGGCCAGCUGCCUGACCGGCCCCAGCCCUCGCUGGCUGCCGUGCAGUGGCUUCAGUGCUGCCUGACGUCUUUCUGGAACCUGGAGCUGGGCCCCAAAGAAUAUGCCUACCUGAAAGGGACCAUCCUCUUCAACCCUGACAUGCCAGGCCUCCACGCCUCCUCCCACAUCUGGCACCUGCAACAGGAGGCUCAUCAAGCACUGUGUGAAGUCCUGGAGCCCUGGUGCCCAGCAGGCCAAGGCCGUUUGGCCCAUGUCCUCCUCACGGCCUCCACCCUCAAGUCCAUUCCACCCAGCCUACUUGGGGACCUCUUCUUUCGCCCUAUCGUUGGAGAUGUUGACAUUGCUUGCCUCCUCGAGGACAUGCUUUUGCUGAGCCGACCUGCUCCAACCCAAGCAGAGACCAGAUGUAGCCUGGGCAGAAGCUGGCAGUGCUGAUUUGGCCCAGCUGUCCCCAGAAGUGACCCAAUGCUCCCAAAGAGGUCAAGCCUGUUAGAGAGCACUCGGCUCCCUAGGAGAAAGCUGACCCUAGCCCAGCCAGAUGGACUAUAUGGCCGCUCACUCAGCCACACCCUGUCUUGGUCUUCCUUGGUUUGGACACAGUGCUCCAGCUGUCUGGCCAGCCCUUGGAGGCCCCCAGAAACUCUGGGCCAAGACUCCUGUCCUCUCCUGAAAUGGAGAUGGAAGCUUAGACUACUCAUUGGGCCGAAAGUCCUACUGACUUUGUACAGAAUUGACUUAAGUUAUUGGUUUUUGUAAUAAAAGGUUU